AUGUAUGCCAGAUUAAUAUUCCUCCUGGCAGCUCUUGCAGGCGCCGCGACCGCCAGUCCCGAUUACCUCCGAGAGAACGACAUCUUCAGCCACAAAGUCUCAGACCGACCAAAAUCAUCCAGACGUGAUCCUGUACAUCCGAGAUCCCCAGUUGGAAAAAUCCCUUAUUUAACGAGUCCUGGUUACAGUCUCUUCGCUCGAGCGCCGGUUCCUUCACACUCGCCAAAACCUUUCACACCUUUUAGAGCUCCCGGUCUGACCUCACGCCCCGACAGAAAAUUAAAACCUCAUUCCCCAAGCCUGAGACAUUUUGCACUAUCAAGCAACGUUUCUAAAAGCCUCUCCGCCACCCACAAGACGAGCAAUUACCCGCGCCCCGCCCACGCUAAUCGUCACCCCCCUGCUCUGGCACACAGAACCCUCCCUCCCCCCUCGCCGCCCGCGAAUCGUGCGCUGGUGGCGGGCUCCCCCCUACCCCGGAGCGCCGAUUCGGAACAAGGAAAACGAGCUGAGAACCAAUACAGCAUUCAGUACACCGUGAGAGAUGAAUCAUCCGGGACCAACUUCGGCCAUCAGGAAGACCGCGAUGGCUACAGGACCCAGGGAUUAUACUACGUCCAGCUUCCCGACAAUCGAGUUCAGAAAGUGACUUAUUACGUCGAUGGAAAAUCCGGCUUCGUGGCUCAUGUUACUUACGAACGGAAAGCACAAUAUUCUACAUAGGCUGACAUGAAUAGUUAUCAAAUUAGCCAUAGUGUUAGUUGGGCUUCCGUGCCUUUUUAAAAGGACCUGUUCUAUUGCAUCUGUCACAAUCUAGUCCAUUGCAAUGUUGCCACAUCCCCCCCCCCCCCCAAUCAUCUUUACUACAGCGUUUAUUUUUGCUAUCAUCACUUUCACUCAUCUGCUCCAUCAUCAUCCCAUCAGCUUACUCCACAUUCUCGAUUCGCCAUGCCAUUUCCUUUUACGUGACGUCGAGAUCAUUUCAGUCCCAUUAUCCAUCGUUCCGAAUACCUCGACUAGUUAUUACUUUCUUCAUACCAAAGAAAAUAAUGCAUAUUCAUAAUCGAUAUAGGUAUCUAAACACACACACACAGGGGCACUGAUAUAAUGCUCAUACAUACAUAGAUACAUACAUACAUACAUGUAUAUACACACAUACACACA